AUGGAGGCGCUGGGACGUCGCCAUAUCCAGGACCACACUGCGGGCGACGAGACGCAGCCGCACUGGGGUUACCCGGAUCGCAUUGUGCCAUGCAAGAAUGACCCCGGGUCGUGCACCUACCUCGAUGUCGUCUACGCGGCCCACGAUGUCGGCAUGCUCUACAUGGGCGUCCUGUGGGCGACGCUCGGCGGCAUCCUUCUGGUCUGGUUCUUUGCAAAGCGCAUCAGCCGGCCGACCGUGCACCCGGCGCCGAAGCACACCCGGAGCGGAGCUGGCAAACUGCGGCGGACGGUCGCGGCAUACGCUCGACGAUAUCUUCUCCCAGACGCGAACCACUUUGUCUUUGGCCGCACGACACGACUCCAGGUGCUGAUUCUUGGACUUCUGUCGGCGUAUUUGCUGCUCUGGAGCUUCGUCGGCAUCGUCUACGGCACUUGGGUCACACCCGUCAAGAAGAUGCCGGGCGUCUACAACACGCGGACCAGCCUCGGCCCCUGGUCCGACCGCGUCGGUGUCAUCGCCUAUGCCCUGACGCCUCUCUCAGUCCUCCUCAGCAGUCGCGAGUCGCUCCUCUCGGUCCUCACAGGCGUGCCGUACCAAAGCUUCAACUUUCUUCACCGCUGGCUCGGCUACAUCAUCCUCGCCCAAAGCGCCCUGCACACCAUCGGAUGGUGCAUCAUCCAGGUCCGGCUCUACCAGCCUCAGCCCACUGUCGCGAUUGAGUGGGUGGUACAGCCGUACAUCAUCUGGGGCAUCGUGGCCAUGAUCCUCAUCCUCCUGCUCUUUGUAUUGAGCACGCCAUGGGCGAUCCGCAUUACGGGCUACGAGUUCUUCCGCAAAGCCCAUUACGUGCUCGCCAUGGUGUACAUUGGCGCGUGCUGGGCGCACUGGAACAAGCUCGAGUGCUUCCUGGUGCCGGCAUUCAUCAUUUGGGGCAUCGACCGAGGCGCCCGUCUCUUCCGCACCGCCCUGCUGCACUACCAUCCCGCGGCGGUGACGGGCGCAGGCUUCCGGCCCGUGCACGCAGAGGUGACGCGGUUCCCAGACGCUGAGCACGGGGAUGUUGUGCGCCUCGACUUCGAGAACGAGCAGGAUUGCUGGGAGAUAGGGCAACACUACUACCUAUGCUUUGCCGAGUGCAGCAUCUGGCAAUCGCACCCGUUCACACCGAUGAAUGCCCCGACGCUUCUAAAGGGCGUCGUGCGGCACUCGUACAUUCUGAGGGCAAAGUCGGGCGAGACGAAGAAGGUGGCGGACGUGGUUGCCAGGAAGUCUCAGCUGGCUGGGGACGCGGCCACUGCCACGACGCCCGUCAUCCUCGCAGGCCCGUACGGUGAGAACCUCAUGGAGAAGCUGGCAGUCGAUACCAACAUCGUGUGCGUGGCAGGCGGGACCGGCAUCUCCUAUGUGUUGCCCGUGCUUCUGCAGCUCGCCCGGGAGCAGCCCGUGCCCGACCGCAAGGUAGAGCUGGUUUGGGCGAUGCGACAUUCCAGCAAUGUUGACUGGGUGCGCGACGAGAUGGACACCCUGCGCAGGGCGCAGAAGGCUCUGAACCUGACGAUCCGCCUGUUCGCCACGCGGGACGUGGACUCGGGCGAGCGCGAGAAGGACGCCAAGUGCGGAGGCGCAAAGGACACGGACGUCGCAGAGGUCGGCUCCUCCUCUUCAGAGGACGCGUGUCCCUGCGACGGCAAAGUGUCUGUGGACAGAAUCGGCGACGGCGCCUCCGACGAUAGCAGGCACCCCGCGCUGCGGCAGCUGCUGGGCGACUUUGUCGAGGAAACGGUGGCGGGGCGGACGGUGGUCUUUGCCAGCGGGCCGGGCGGCAUGAUUACAGAUCUGAGGACCAUCGUGGCCGGUUUGAACGACCCUGCGAAAGUAUGGCGGCGACAGGAGAGGUUCGACGUCAACCUGGUAUGUGACGACCGGCUGGAGUGGUAG